AUGUCUUACGAAAUACAUUCCGUCAGGGCCGAUGCGACUAACAGCGCGGCCGCGUCCCUCAACAUGAAGGUGCACGUGUGCUGCACGACUAGCGUCUACUACGCCCCCAUCAUGCCUGGUGACCAUGACAUUGACGACGACCUUUUGCAACCGCUGCAAGUGUAUUCUGAUCUGCAACUUGUGCCGCACGACAACAACGGGCUUUCGCAAGUCAGGCUAGUUUCUAAGCAGACCGAGGGCGUCGGCAUGAAACCUAUCGCGUCACGGCAGCAGCCUCAUCGGCGCCACCUGCGGGCGCUGGUGUUUACUACGGACAAAGGUCCAGACCAGCAGGGCGCGUCUAGAUUGAUCAAGGGCCUUCUUGCAGAUUGCGACUGGGUUAUGAUAAUUUGGCAGUGGUGCGUCGACCAUUUGGUCCACAGGUCGGCGGAACUACAACUAAAGCGCCUAGACAGGUUCAGAUACUACUCUCGGCUCGCCACAUUGAUCAAUGUGUGGAGGGCUACAGGAAAUGGUUCCAAAAUAUACGGUGCGUGGGCUGAACUUUAUGGGACCCCGGAUGCCAAGCUGCACUUGCGACGCCUGCCACCGAAACCGCUUCGUGGACGGUGGGGCACGAUCUCGUCGACUGAGGAGUUCUUGGAGUUUGCUUGCGGUGGCGACGUCGGCAAGCUGCUGGCUGUUUUCCAGAAGGUGUGGCCCGCUGGCGGGCCUGUUAUCGACGCCAGGCCAAUCGCACCAGGCGCCGGCGUCGCCCCUGCCGACGACGGAGAGGAAAACUAUACAGUCAAGAUGGGCCGUUGGAUCAGGGACGCUUUGCGUUCGCUUUCGGACUUGGAUUUCUGGGUACAUGUGCUGGUUGCCAGACGAACUCGGGCGCCGUUGGCCCGCCUGCUGAACUGGAUGCAACAAAAACAGCUGCCCGGGGAUGCGCCAAAAGUCAGUAGAUUGGUGAAUGGGAAGCUCUUGGAACUUGCUCAUAUGUACGACGCCCUGUUGUUGAGCCCAGGGGAGCGUGCUAUGUCGUGGGGGCCAGUUUUCGAUAUGUGCAGAGACAGCGAGCAGCGCGCCGUCUCACUCAGGGCGCUCAUUGUGGAGUUGGUCCUGGAGUUGCGGGCUGAUUUCGAAAGAAGGAUUCUUCUGCCCCUCAGUGGAUAUCCGUGUCGGCUGCUGAAGCUGAUCCAGGUCCCAUCGCACAUCGUCAGCAUCGCGGGUCCAGACUCGAGGGCUGCGGUCGCGCAGGACCUCAACAACAGCUUCAACAAGAUCGGUGCUGACUUGUCGUUUCUAGAAAUGUACAACUACGUGCCCAUCGUCAUUGCCAAUUUCAAGAAGGGUGGCAACGCCGACGCCGACGCCGCCGAGGCAGACGACGAGGAGGACGACGAGGACGGCGACAACGGCACCGGCGCCGGCUCCACGUACAUCGCGGAGUGGACCGCCUUCGUCGAGAAGCACCACUCGGACGUGUUCUCGAAGUACAACUACUUCGUUCAGGCCCGGAGGGCUUUCACGAAGCUGCGCUCCCCGGCUGCGUCUGGUCUGUGGGCGAAGUAUGAGACUUACUGCAACGAGCACUGCGUCUUCAGCGAGAAGAACCUCGACCACAACCUCGUCCUCGCAUGCAACGAUGUCAUCACAACCAAGCUGAAGCGCUACAUCUCGGAGCCCGACAUGCACGAUUACGUGUUGUCGGUUCUUGCCAUGGCGAUUCCCACCAACGACUCUGUCCCGUGGAUCUUGACCAACCGCGCCUCCCUGAACAAGCUCAAGAAUCUUCUGGUCAGCAUGAAGGAGUCCAAGGUCUUCCAGCUUUCGAUGGCGCCGACGCCCAGUGAGCAGCAGCUGCAGAACCCGCCCGCGAAGAAGCGCAAGACCGCCAAGAGGAAAGCUGCGCCGAAGAGGCAACCAGAGGUUCUCGCUGCCCAGAACAGCGAUGGGAAGAGCGUUGUGUUCUUGGAGGACGUGCGGAAUGCGAUCUCCUAUACGCUCCAGGGCGUCAGCGAUGAUAUGAUCCAGCGCGACCUUGUGUGGGCCCUCCAGGGCAAGGCCGUCUCGUUCGGGCUCGUUGGCCACGUGGACAUGGAGAAGGAGAAGGACGGCAGCAGCGGCGCGGCGGCUGCGACGGUGAAGGUGUCUUCGUGGAACACGCUCCGGAAGAUGAUCAAGAAGAAGCUCGUGAAAGCCCACGCGUUGGCAGACCGCGACCACGUUCAGAAAGACCCGGACGCUGCCGUGGACUCCGCCUCCACGCAGCCUGCGUCGGAUUCGUUGGAGCACCAGCAGCUGGACGACGCCCCGAUGCCCGUUGGUCUAGGGCCCGUUGCUGCCGUCAAGAGGAUGCUGGUCGUUGAUGACAAACUGGCGCACCGCCUCAAGGCCUUCGCCAGCGCGGUCUCUGCCCCGAACCAAGGCCCGAUUGCGAUCAAGAGGACUCACAAGGGAUUGGCUACCGCUUGCGGCCUCCUGUGGAACGGGAUCGCCACCCUCAUGAGCGAGGCUUCCUUCGGCGGGGACGUCGACGUCGUCGCCGCCGUCGUGGAGCUCAUCGACUCGAGCGUGAUGAAGUCCGCGAUUGAGAGGGAGUUCGUGGAGGUCGCAGCCUUGAUCUACACGGCUCGCAGCCAGGAGCACGUGGCGGACCUCGCGUUGGCUGCCGAGGUUGGUGGUCGGGCAAUGCGACUGCCGCGCCAUCGUUGA